CAGCCCCCAGUCGCUGUGGAGGCGGCGCCGCGGCAGCACCCGUGUUCUCGCCGAGCGCCUCUCCUGUCCAGUUGCACUGACGCGGACCAGUUGACACCAGUGACAGCAACAGUAUUUCAGGAUGCGCGGUUGCGAGUGAGCGAUGCGCGGCUGCGCAGGCGGCGGCCAUGGCGGCGGCAGCAGCGGCGGCGGCGGCGGCCAGCAGCAGCAGCAGCAGCAGGGCCAGGAUGCUGGCCAGGGGCAGCCCGAGCUGGCCACCAUCUUCCAGCCGGCGCGCCGGCCCGGCUCCGGCGUGCAGCGCGCGCCCAGUGUAGUGGUGACGCACGGCGACGACACGCCGCCGAGGCCGGGCUCGGCCACUGGAUCCGUGGGGCAGCUGCCUAAUGGGCCCUUCUCCAGCGUCCACCAGCACCAGCACGCGCCACAGCUGCAGCACGCCGACUCUGUUACAGGGAGCACUCAUCAGGAGCAACAGCAGCAACCAGGGGCAGCAGCUGGCAAGCUCCGUGCAUGCAAUAAUUCUUGCUGCUCCCAGUCUGCCCGUAAGAUAUACUGCGGUGUUUGUGUGACCGUGUGCGUCACUGCAUCAUGGGUUGGAGCAACACACUGUAUCAAAUAUUUGUUCCUGGGGCAGCCACCACCACCAUUUGGAUAUGGCCCACCCAACAUUUCAGCAGUGCAGCAGCUUGUUGCUCCACAUCAGAUAAUUCCCUAUGAUGCUCCAUUUUUUACAACAUGGUUCUGUACUAACUGGACAGUACUAUUUUUUCCAUUAUAUUUUGUAUGCAGAGUUUCAGCAAUGAAAUGUAAAUCUGCUGGAAGUAUUCUACAAGAAAGUGUCAGAAAUUUUAGGGACAAGGGCUUUACAGCAGCUAGGUUCCUGACACGAUGCAGUUUCUUCUGUCUCCUGUGGGUAGCAACAAAUUAUAUGUACAUUCAUUCACUACGCAUCCUUCUGGCAACUGAUGUGAUGGCCUUAUUUGCCACUAAUGUUUCCUGUGUGUACCUGCUAUCAUGGGUUAUACUACAUGAGCAGUUUGUUGGUGUCAGGAUUGUAGCUGUUAUCCUGUGUGACACUGGCAUUGCACUCUUGGCUUACAUGGAUGGAAUCACUAAAAGUCGAACACUGGGUGGAGUUGUGCUAGCCGCAUGUGCAGCUGCAGGCUCUGCUGUAUACAAGGUAUUGUUCAAAAAAGUAAUUGGAGAAGCAAGUUAUGGACAAGUAUCUCUCUUCUUCUCACUGAUUGGCAUGUUCAAUGCUGCCUUAUUAUGGCCUGUGUGCCUUACACUGUACUUCACAGGCACUGAAAUACUGCACUGGAGGCAACUGCCAUGGCCAGCGUUGCUUGGAGCAAGUGGCCUAUCUCUUGUUGCAAACCUGCUGGGUAACUUCAGUGUUGCUCUCACAUAUGACUUAUUCAUCACACUAGGGCUUAUUACAGCAGUUCCUGUUUCUGCAGCUCUUGAUGUGGUGUUAUAUGGAGCCCAUUUUGCUGGAAUGAAAUUGGCAGGAAUGAUACUAAUUUCAGUUGGAUUUUUUCUGGUAAUGUUUCCUGAUAACUGGCCAGACUACAUCACACGACUACUGAGGUGCUGCAAACAAUGGUCUUCAAUUUGCUCACUACAUGGACCCAACCAAAGGGCAUGUCUUCUGAAAAAUAAGUCCCUUCGUGGAACUGAUGUUAGAAGACGUUGUACUAUGUUCCUGAGUCCAACACAGUGUCAGGGGCUGUGGAUCAUCGAACUGAAUGAAGUUAACAAUCGGGACAUCUACUGUGGAGCCGGCGCCACAGGCAUGGUGCAGGGGCAGCGGGCCGGCGUGAUGUAAUCGACUACCGCACUGGUUACAUCCGGUCGCAUCUCCGCUCACCGUCUGGCCGUGUGCGGUGACCCGACCCUGAGCGCAGCGAGCCGCCCUGUUAGUUGUGUGAUAUGGACACGGCGCUGCCCACAAAUUCUUAACUCUCUCCUGAGCUAGACUGUGUUCAUUAAGGCAUUUUCUGCAGUAAAUGUGACAGAAAAUAAGCAUCUCUGUCUAGUGACGACUUAGCACUUGAGUACAGUUUCAUGUCUGUGACUUUUUGAGAUAGAUGUAUAAUUUUAUAAUUGGUUUUACCAAAGAAUAACUGCAGAAGUUAAUACUUGAAAGUAUAAUUUUGAAUAAUAAAAUUUCUAUGAACUGUAAAAUCAACUAUAGACAAAUAAAUCUUAAUUCUAUUUGAGGUAUCCUCAUA